CUCAAUCCCUGCAUAAAUACUCCAUUAGCUUCCAUUGUUGUUCCUCCCUACUCAUCUCUCUCUCUCUCUCUCUCUGAAUCACUCUCUUCGAGAAAUUAAACAAAGAAGAAAUGCCAAGCACGCUCGGAAAAAACCUCCAUCUCUGUUUCACUAAAUCUCCAUCCCUUGAUGAUCGCCAUUCAUUUUACAUCAACAACUACAACUCCCUCUAUUCCUACGCUACUCUCGGCCCUUCCGUCUCCUCUUCCGACUCAGAAUCGGACCCUCACGAGGAACCCGAUUUCGCAGCCGUAUUCGCCUCUCAACGCUUCUUCUUCUCCUCCCCUGGCCGCUCCAACUCCAUCACUGACUCCUCCCACACCACCACCACCGCGGCUAAAAAAGACCUUCCCACCGUGGCUGUGAAAGACAGCGUGGCGGUAUACACGGACUCGCCCGACCCGUAUUUGGAUUUCCGGAGAUCCAUGCAAGAAAUGGUGGAGGCCCGUGGAUUGGUCGAUGUGAAGGCCAAUUGGGAUUACCUACACGAGCUCCUCCUCUGCUAUCUCACGCUGAAUCCGAAGAUUACGCACAAAUUCAUCAUUGGUGCAUUUGCCGAUCUUCUUAUUACCCUCAUGUCAUUGCCGCGGGCGAAUAAAAGUGGCAGCCGGGAAGAUUCGUCUCCGGCGGUCGUUAGAUUUCGCGGUGGUUCGUGUAGUGUGUAACAAUGUGUGUUUUGCCGGAGAUGAUCGAUCGAUCGAUCGAUCAUGAUUGUGAUGGAUUAUUGACAUAUGCAGAGAAAUGCCAAAUUUUUAUUUAUUUAUUUAUUUUUGUGUCUCUGUCUCCUUAUCCUCCCAAGGCUAAAGGCUAUCUUGUUCUUUUGUUCUCAAUUCUCAUGUUGAGUU